AUAUAGAGCCCGCGCCACCAGCCAGCAGCACAACGCCGAGACUGGCGCCUAGAGACCCAUCCGCAGUCAGCCAGUUCCCGCAGUGCCAACCCGCGCCCGCGCCCGCGCGCCCUUCUGCCGCAGUCGCCGAGCCUCUGUCUAGAGCUCCAUGAUCACCACCAUGAGAGUCCUGCUGGCGUGCCUGCUUUUCUGCGCCCUAGUCGUGGGCGACUCCGAAGGAAGCUAUGAACUUCAUGGAGUGUCUGAUGCAUCAAACUGUGGCUGUCUGAAUGGAGGGACAUGUGUGUCCUACAAGUUCUUCUCCAACAUUCGGCGAUGCAACUGUCCAAAGAAAUUCCAAGGGGAGCACUGUGAGAUAGAUACAUCAAAAACCUGCUACUAUGGGAAUGGUCACUUUUACCGAGGAAAGGCCAACACAGAUAUCAUGAAUCGGCCCUGCCUGGCCUGGAACUCUGCCACUGUCCUUCUGCAGACCUAUCAUGCCCACAGACCUGAUGCCCUUAAGCUGGGCCUGGGAAAACACAACUAUUGCAGGAACCCAGAUAACCAGAGGCGGCCCUGGUGCUACGUACAGGUUGGCCUGAAGCAGCUUGUCCAAGAGUGUAUGGUGCAUGACUGUUCUGAUGGAAAAAAACCCUACACUCCUCCUCGAAAAAGCCCCUCCACUCCUCCAGCAAGAAGUCCCUCCUCUCCUCCAGGAAAAUCAGAGUUUCAAUGUGGACAGAAGGCUCUGAGGCCCCGUUUUAAGAUCGUCGGGGGAGAAUUCACUAUCAUUGAGAACCAGCCCUGGUUUGCGGCCAUCUAUAGGAGGCACCGAGGAGGCUCUGUCACCUAUGUGUGUGGUGGCAGCCUCAUCAGUCCUUGCUGGGUGGUCAGUGCCACACACUGCUUCAUUAAUCACCAAGAGAAGAAGGACUACAUUGUCUACCUGGGGCGGUCCAAGCUUAAUUCCAACACGCCUGGGGAGAUGAAGUUUGAGGUGGAGCAACUCAUCUUGCAUGAAGGCUAUAGUGCUGACACACUUGCUCACCACAAUGAUAUUGCCUUGCUGAAGAUCCGAUCCAACACAGGCGAGUGUGCACAGCCAUCCCGGUCCAUACAGACCAUUUGCCUGCCUCCGAUGUUUGGUGAUGCCCAUUUUGGCGCAGACUGUGAGAUCACUGGCUUUGGAAAAGAGAAUUCCAACGACUAUAUCUAUCCAGAGCAGCUGAAAAUGACUGUUGUGAAGCUGGUUUCCCACCAGGAGUGUCAGCAGCCUCACUACUAUGGCUCUGAAGUCACCAACAAAAUGCUGUGUGCUGCCGACCCACAGUGGGAAACAGAUUCCUGUCAGGGAGAUUCAGGGGGACCUCUGGUCUGCUCCAUCCAAGGUCGCCUGACUUUGACUGGGAUUGUGAGCUGGGGCCGUGAAUGUGCCUUGAAGGACAAGCCAGGUGUCUACACAAGGGUCUCACGCUUCUUGCCCUGGAUCCGCACUCACACUGGGGAAGAGAAUGGCCUAGCCCUCUGAGGGCCCCAAGGGAGCCGAGGGAGAAAAAAGGCAUCACUUACUCCCACACUGUCAUUUGCAGUAGGGUCAUCUCCAUCAGCAGUAAGGAAGAUGGGGAAGAUGGCUCUGCAGAGAUGGUUUUGCUUGUGCUUCCCACCAGGGUAAGCUGCAGUAGCUUUGCCUUCAGACGUGGGCCUGGGUGCUGGCCGCCUAGACCCCCUGGCCAGGAUGGAAGGGUAGUUCUGACUCAGGAUGGUAUUAACCAGUUGCUUGUCUUUGGGCUAAAGCCUCUUACAGUUCAAAUGGCAUGUCCUGUGCAUGAGUGGAAGGAGAGCUAGCUCCCUUAGCAGUGGGCAUUCAUGAGGCCCACUACUGGGAAAUGAAUCAUUUCCUAAUGAGGAAGUGUAAUAAUUGAGGUCUCUUGAGGGAGCUUGGCCAAUAUGGGAACAGCAUUUGGGGGUGUAGAGACACUAUGAUUUCAGCAGAGGGCUCUGGCAUCCCAAGAACAUAUCAGGAAAUAUUAUAUAUGUUUAUGUACUUAUGCAUGGGCUGUGUGCAUGUGCUGUGAGUAUAAGUGGGAGUGAAUAAGAGCUGGUGUGUUUCAAUGUCUGACUAUAAAGUCUAGAUAUUUCCCUGAACUGUGUGGAUCGUGAUGCCACAGAGUAUAGCCUGUCUGGAGAAGUUGUGGGUUAUACUCAGGACCCCUUGGGUCUCCCAUGUGAUGAAGCCUGUGAAUGUGUCAUUUUGGGGCACUGCCCGUGACCAGCACUAAAUGCCUGUUUCACUUUCACAUACAUAUCCCUUUCUUGGCCAGUUAUCCCUUCUGACUCUUCAGCCUACUUUAUCCAGUCCUCACUGGGUGGGGCGAGGACCACUCCUGUACACUGAAUAUUUAAUAAUUAUAUUCUGCUAUUUUUAUUUAUAUCUAUUUUUGUA